UUUGAGAACACUAGUUAGAACGAGAUAGAGACAGACAGUGUGAAGGAACGAAAGAAGAAGAGCAAGGGAAGAGUUAAUUGAGAAUUACUAAUAACAAACAAACUAAAUGAUGUACGUAAUAAAAUAAUAAUAAUUCUCAAAAUGGCUCGCACAACGAACCUCUCGGACUUGAGCCCCAAAUGUCUGUUGAUGAUAUUUAAGCUCCUGCCCAAUCUAGAAGAUCAAUUAAAUUUAGCACGAUGCUGUCGGACUUUGCGGGAUGUUUUCAUUCACCUACAUCAACGGCAUUUCCAUGAGAUUCAGGACAGGCACAUUAAUUUGAAGAGCUUUGAGGAUUGGCAAACGUUCUUGUGGCUUUGCGGUGAGAAUGUGAGGAGUCUGCACUCCUACUACGACGAUGAUCAUCCUCUGCAGUUAUGGCCAUUAAUUACCAAAUAUUGCACACGAUUGGAGAGUCUGACAAUCAGGAAUGCCACAGUGGCCAGGACACAGUCGUAUCUGUUGCGAAUGACGACAUUGCAGCGGGUGCAUAUCAGGAACUACAAGAGCACAAGCAAGGAUUUAAUCAAAAAUAUCUUACUGCGACUGCCAUAUAUUAUAAGUCUGGGCUUGGAGAGCUUCGACCGCAGGGAAUUGCAAGAGCUGCGUCAUUUUAGAAAUCUUGAGGAGCUCCUUAUAUACGAUGAUAUCCAGUUAUCCGGUUCGGAAUUCACAGCAAUCACCAAAUCAAUGAAGAAUCUGCGUGUCUUACAACUAGGCAACGCGAAAAGGUUUCUUACCACUAGCAUACUCAAACAGUUGUCCUCCUGUUGCCCCAAACUGGAGAAACUUUCGUACAACGACAGCACUGCUGAUCCCAUGUGCCUGGUGAAUUUCUCACAGUUGCAAUAUCUGCAAAUCUGGUGCCCCGAUGAGUUGAAAACCCGUUUCUUCAAAGCCUUGGCCAGCCAGUGCUCCACGCAUUUGGCAUUCCUGGUGCUCCAGCGCAAGCGUUGGAUCAAUGAGGAGCAGGCCCAACAUAUCAGUGCCUUGCGUUCGUUAAGAUGGCUUGUGUGUAAGCCGCGCGACGAUAGAUCUGUUCAUUGGCUGUCUGGCCUGUCCAAGCUCGAGUCCCUAUCGGUGCAGUGUGCUAGGGAAAUUGGCGAAACGGAGUUAUCACUUUUGGUGGCAAAUAAUGAAAACUUGUGUUAUCUGAAUAUUUGUUAUUGCUUGGGCAUAACUGAUAGUUUCAUUGUGGAUACUCUGGUUAAUCUGGCCAAACGGCAGAGUCAUAAUCCUCUCGAAUUGUAUGCUGCUGCCACGGAUAUAAGACGCGACAUUCUUGAAAGACUGCCAACCGCUAAUUAUCCUCUUCAAAUGCUUCAAGUGCAUUUUGAGGUGAGUGACGGCAUGGUCCUGAAUGAUCAUUAUUUUAAUGAUGAGCCCGAAUUCGAUCGCUAGAGACAAGAGAGGCAAGAAAGAGGCUUACUUUCCCAUCCAAUCUUUAUAUAUCAAGCUUUAUACGCCAGUUUUUACGUGAUUUUAGCACUCAAAGUGGUAUUUUUUAUACAUACUGCACACUCCAGUACCAAUCGCAUAUUGUGUUUAAUAAAUUAAACUGUUUUUUUAUUUGUUAUAA